AUGAGUAAUUAUGAUAUUGGAGUAGUCCCACAUGCAGCACUGGAACUGCAGAAUCACAAACCUACAUCAGAUGUUGACCUGAGCAGCUAUGUUGCUGCUAUUGUGGAGGAGAUGACAUUUCAAGAACUCAGGAUGUUUGUUCGUCGUCACGGUGUACCAGAACCUGUCAUAGAUCAAACUGUUCGGGAUUGUCCUAAUGAUACCUCUGAACAGAAGAUUAAGCUGUUUCGAGAAUGGUAUCAAAGACAUGGGAUAAAAGCAGCCUAUGGAACCCUACUAAGAAGCCUGAGAGAGUUAGGAAUGUGUGCUCUAGCUGAUAGAAUUGAGGAAAAACUGAAGGCAGCUGUUUACAGCUGUCAGGAAAGGGCACAGUCUUGUACUAGUGACACUGAGCAAAGCAAAACCUGCACUCAGGAAGGCAGAAACUUUUACAAUGAUAGUGCUGAACUAAAUAAAACCUAUUCAGGUAGUUUGGAAGAGACAUAG